AUGGCUACCGCUCUCCCCAACAUUUCCUCGGACCUCAUCUGGGAGGUUGUCCGCAACAACAACAGCUACCUCCACAAGACCGGUGCUGCCUCAAAUGGCGGUAUCCAGCUGUCUCGCGACCCCCUUAACCUGACCAACAAGCACAGCCGCAAGUACGCUGGCUUUGUCAACGACAAGGCUCUCGGUAUCACCGCCGGUGAGAAGGGUGGUGUUGUUGUCGUCAGCAAGAAGGCUUCCGCCGUCCACCAGCCCGCCAAGAGCACUGCCACUACCACCAUUGGUGGCGGCAAGUCUACCCGCAAGACCUACAAGGCCGUCGCCAGCCAGGUCGCCAAGUCCGGCUACCGCGCUGACCUCCGUGAGGCCGCCGUCGAGCGUGCCUCCGCCAUCCGCAAGUCCCAGCUGCCCGUCAAGGCCGACCCCGAGCCCAAGCUGAGGGGCAAGAAGGCCCAGAAGGCUGCCUCCGCUGGCGAGUCCUAA